CUCAUGAAAUUGAUUUUCAUUGCAUUAUCUCAGUUCCUUUUCUUUUUUUUUUUUUUUCUUUUUUUAACACUUUGUUUGCCAGAGAGUUACACCUAUCAUCCUCUUUCCUUUCUCGAGUCCUGCCAGAGAGCUUGAGCUUGUGAUCCCGGUAAACUCAAGGCCAUGUUACUCAAUGCCAAUGAAAACCCAGGUCACAAAAUUCUUGUUCAGGGAAAAAGGUGUUGCAGCUGUCUGCAGCAAUGCCGUUCGGUUCCAGCAAUGAAGUUCUUGUUCUUGGUUGUUUUAUAUCACAUGAUAUUAUCUCCUGCAGCGGCAUAUGAUCCAUUGGAUCCAAAUGGAAACAUUACAAUCAAAUGGGAUAUUAUGUCUUGGACCCCAGAUGGUUAUGUGGCAACGGUGACAAUGAAUAACUUCCAAAUGUACCGGCACAUCAUGACUCCUGGCUGGUCUUUAGGAUGGUCAUGGGCUAAAAAGGAAGUAAUUUGGACAAUGGUGGGAGCUCAAGCCACAGAGCAAGGGGACUGUUCCAAGUUCAAAGCAACCGUCCCGCAUUGUUGUAAAAGAAACCCCACAGUUGUUGAUUUGCUUCCCGGUGUUCCUUACAAUCUACAGUACGCCAAUUGCUGCAAGGGUGGAGUGCUGGCAUCUUGGGGUCAGGAUCCUACAGCUUCAGUCUCUGCAUUUCAGGUGAGUGUUGGACUAGCUGGAACUUCGAAUAAAACGGUGAAAUUGCCAAAGAACUUCACUUUGCUAGGUCCAGGACCAGGGUAUACCUGUGGCCCUGCAAAGAUUGUACCAUCCACUGUCUUUCUCACCACCGAUCGUAGAAGGAAAACUCAAGCGCUGAUGACAUGGAAUGUGACUUGCACUUAUUCACAGUUCCUUGCCUCAAAGAACCCAACCUGUUGUGUUUCAUUCUCCUCUUUCUACAAUGAUUCAAUCAUUCCUUGCCCAACCUGUGCUUGUGGUUGCCAGAACAAAAAUAACUGCAUCAUGAGUGACUCAAAGCUAUUACAAAGAGCAGGUAUAAACACACCAAGGAAGGACAACCAACCUUUGCUGCAGUGUACACAUCAUAUGUGCCCUAUAAGGGUUCACUGGCAUGUGAAGCUUAACUACAAGGAUUAUUGGCGUGUUAAAAUCGCCAUAACAAAUUUCAACUAUCGGCUGAACCACACACAGUGGACACUCGUUGCCCAGCACCCCAAUCUCAACAAUGUCACCCAAGUUUUUAGCUUUGAGUACAAGCCUCUUGUCCCCUACCAAUCCAUCAAUGACACUGGUAUGUUUUAUGGCAUGAAAUUCUACAAUGAUCUGUUAAUGGAAGCUGGACCAUUCGGAAACGUUCAAUCCGAGGUGCUUAUGCAGAAAAACAAGGAUACAUUCACCCUCAAGCAAGGAUGGGGAUUUCCUCGGAAGGUCUACUUCAAUGGUGAAGAAUGCUUGCUUCCCCCACCAGACACAUACCCUUAUUUACCGAACUCUGCCAACAAAUAUUCAAUCGUGAUUUCAAUGAUAGCAGCCUCUGUGGUUUGGAUAUUACUUUGCGUAUGGUGAUCACUUUGUUUAAUAGAUAAUUUUGCUACAUGGCCGUAAAAAGAGAGGUAGAUCUUGGGGCUGGACCAUCACUGAUGAAACAGGUAUAAAAAUCACUUGCACACAGUCGUAGAAGAUAUGGUCUGGUUUGGGAUAAUUCAAUUGCAGACGGUAAGCUUUUUACAAUUUAUCUGAAAUUCUUGCUGAAAAUAUCCCAUAAUUUUUGCGCUGGUGCCCUAAUCCAAACCUGUAUGCUUGGUUAUUCACAUGUUCUUUUAUCAACGAGCUUGUUUUGCAACAAUUUAUGGUGUU